AUGGAUAAUACGACGGCAAACAAAACUAUUUCCCUGCAGAUCCGAAAACUUGUUAUUCGUGACAUAGAGAAAGGUGAAUCACAUCGUAAGAUUGCUGAAAAGUAUGGAUGCAGCAAAGCAGCGAAGAUCAGUCUUAUUGUCUUAUCAAUACGAGUAACAUUAGUGGUUGGAUAUGAAAUUGAUUGCCACAUUGGUGAUUGCUGUGACAACGCUAGCUUGUGGAACUGCCAACAGAGGACGCAUCCCUACCAUGUAGCACUUUUCAAAGGAAAGGAAUUUCUCUGUGGUGGAUCGAUUGUCGACCGGCAAUGGAUCCUGACGGCAGCACACUGCGUUAUUGAAUUAGAUGGCAGCAUUUCGAAAGAUGUAAAGGUACUUGCCGGAACGGCCCAUCUUAAGAAGGGUGGAACCUAUUUAAAACCGGAUAAGAUUUUUCCGCACGAACAAUAUGGAUCUUCAGGUAAUGAUAUUGCUCUGAUCAAGCUAGAAAAAACGAUUGAGUUCAAUGAACACAUGCAAAAGAUCGAAUUGAGUGCGGCAGAGGUUCCGGACAACAGCUCGGUUAUCAUCACGGGCCACGGACGAACGGGAAAUGGUGAGCCGAUUUCCGAAAUUCUCAAGCAUAAUACCAUGUACACUUUGAGCGACGAAGAGUGUCACGCUGCGAUUCAGUCUGAGAGGAAGGGAAUAAUGUGCAUUAACAAUCAGAUAGAUAAUGGCGCCUGUCUUGGUGAUUCCGGUGGUCCGGCUGUUUACGAUUCCAAGCAGGUUGGUGUGGCGAAUUUCUAUAUUACUAUGUGCGGUGGCGAAAAACCGGAUGGAUAUGCCAAGGUAGCUUACUAUGCGGACUGGAUUGCUGAGACAAUGAAGAAAUAAGGAUAGGUUUGUUGAUAAGGAGGUGAUACUAAUAAAUAAAAUAAACAAUUGACUCCUGGCUCUCCAAGUUCUUUAGUUUG